GUUAAAUAGAUGAAUAGCACCAAGCGUAGGAAAAGUCUUUUUAGUUGCUGAUUUGGAAGGAAGUCUAAAAAGAAGGUACUUCCUGAAGAGGAAACAGAAGGAAACCAGGAGUUUUAGACAUCGUAAUACUCUCAUUGAGUCAAACUUGGCUAAGAAUCACUCUAAUCUUAAUGAGAUGCUAUCCAAAAGAAACAAUAGUACCAUCCCAAGAAGAGGAAUCAAAGCAAAAUGUCUGCUUCCACCUUCGAAGGAAUCAGAUAAGAAAACCUUGAUCUUGGAUCUUGAUGAAACUUGUGCUCACUCUUCGUUCAGUGAAUUUAAAAAUUCUAAUUUUAAGCAGAGGAUAGUUUAUGAAGGCAUUCCCUAUACAAUUCAUGUUUUGAAAAGGCCUCAUCUGCAAGAGUUUUUGAAGCGAAUGUCAAAGUUGUACGAAAUCAUUUUCUACACAGCAAGCGUUAGAGAAUAUGCUGACCUCGUUUUAGAUUAUAUCGAUCCUGAGGACAUCGGUUCUGCAAGACUCUUUAGAGAAGAUUGAAGACAUAUCGAGGGCAGUUUUGUUAAAGACCUUAGUAAUCUAGGAAGGGACUUAAAAUAAAACAGUUAUUAUUGACAACUCACCUAUUGCAUAUUGUCUGAAUCCAAACAACGGACUUCCUAUAAAGAGUUUUUAUGAUGAUAUAAAUGACGAAGAAUUACUACAUAUGAUUCCUGUGCUUGAGCAUCUAGAUACUGUGGAUAAUAUACAAGAAUUUAUAGAAGAGCAAAUGCUAAAUAUUGCUUCAAACUGAAAUUGGGUGGCUCCUUCUCCAAAACGCACUGCUUCGAUAACAAAAGAGCCGACCAAUGAUGAAAAAUCUAUUACGAGAAAUAUGAAAUAUUCUAGCCCUGAAGUAGAAGAUUUUAAGGAAAAUAUAGGAGCUUGUGAUGAUGAACUUAAACUAGAAGAUAUCAGUGAAGGAAACACCAACAACGACCAAGAUUCAAAAGUAUUAGAAAAGUAUGACUUCAGUUCUCUUUCUAAGCCAAAGGGAAUGCUUGCUAGAUAUAAUGAACUCAGUGCUGUCAGGAGACCUACUGAUGAGAUCAAGGAAGCUACUGAAGAUGCAUAUCAGAUAGGCCAGGGAAGUCAGACAGAGGAUAAUUUCACCUCUGGUAUUACUCCUAAUCUCAAGCAUCAGCACAUUUCGAGCGAGAAUUUGAGGUACAAUCAAGUAUCUUUGAAAAAUACCAUAGAACAUAAUCUCAAGACGAGGGUAAAAUCUCCAGAUGAUGCCCAGUUUAGAUUAAGCAAAAUUGUGCAAAAUUCUCUCAAUGGAUUGAAUAACGAAAGAGUCUUGCAUAAAUGAGGGAAAAUCCGGGAGAAAAUGUCAAAAGAUACUGACAAAUAAACUUACUCAGAAAAGUUUAGUUGAGAUACUAUCCAACUCUGCUUCUACCAACAUUGUUGGUGUUACAAGAAGUGUUGAUGAUAAAACCAAGAAGCAUGAAAAGAGAGAAUCUGUUAUCCAAAAUCUGCUUAAAUAAAGAUACAGGGAAUAAUAACUUAAAUAGGGCAACUGAAUCUGAAGCAGAGAGAGGCAAGGAUGGCGAAGAGGAAAAGACUAUUGAAGAGGAUGUACCAACCAAGGUGAACUUUAAUAUUGAUAACAAGCUGGCAAAUUUUGAUAAAUUUGGUGCUUUUAAACCUCUAUCAAAGGAACACACAUAUCAGAAGAAUAAAAAUAAUCUAGAUAUAAUGGAAAUUAAACAAAUAGAGACCUAAUAGAAUCAGAGCACCAACAUUGU